AUGGAGGACACAGGACGAGCGAGGUGCUACGUCAACUGGAUCAUACACAAAUGCAAAAAGGGUAUCAAGAUCCAGAAGUCCAUCGAACGCAAUAGGUCUAAGUCUGCCUUGGACCAUCUUCUCUCCAAGCACGGCGACCUCGUCUCAGAUGUCUGGAAAACAGCGCAGAUGAGAGAACAUCGGCUUGCUUGGGCAGUGAAGGAGCUUCCUGACCGAGUGCGCGAACGUAUUGCGGAACUAUUACCUGAAAAGCUGAAGAGUCUGCGUCAGUCAGAUGACUCAUGGAGGAAACUUGUACAAGUUUGGGAGACCAAGCGCAAAAGACAUAUCCGUGCUGCAGUCGCUCUCAUCCCCCAUCCCCAAUUCUCGCCUACGAACAUGGCACUUCGCAUGCGCAAUGUCCCGGCCGUGUUUGAGUGGAGCGACCUCCUGUCUACGCCUCGGUCGCCCUUCUACCUAGCAGGACCGGAACCCCUAUCUGUCCAGCUCGGCCUUCACUUCAACGAGGAGCAAGAAACCGCGUCCUUCAAGAUACGAGUUUUAUUACAGCUCAGGGGCUAG